AUGGAUUUAAUAAAGACCAUUGCAGACGAUGAAGAAGUACCAGAUUAUGAUCCUAGUUCGGACAGCGACGAGGAGGUGAGACUGGUGGCUACACCCUCCUCAAAGAAGUCCAGUCAAGAGUUUGAUCCAAACUUCGUCUUUCUAGAGAAGGCGUCGGAUUAUAAUACAGAUGUAUGGCAGGACACAGUUGCAUUAUACAAGCAGCAGAAGCCCCGAGCUAUUGAUGAGAAGAUACGCAUGUUUCAUGAAAAAUUGAAGAAGAAGAAAAAUGAGGAUGACCCAGAGCAGAAAGAAGAUGAUGUCAAGGAUCUGGAUUAUAGUGAUGAUGACAUGAUCUGUGGAAAUGUGUCUGACAUGUUGAAUGUGAAGCAAAAAAGAGGGAAAAAGAGAAAGAGAGGGGAGGACCCUGUUCCACCAAUUUCUACCCAGUCAGAUGACACACCCUCAUUCCAACAGAUGAAUCUAUCUCGCCCUCUGUUAAAGGCCAUAACAUCUAUGAAGUUUGUGAAUCCCACACCUAUUCAGUCAGCCACUAUUCCAGUGGCAUUGCUUGGGAAGGAUAUCUAUGCCUGUGCUGCUACUGGGACAGGAAAGACAGCUGCAUACAUGCUUCCAGUUCUGGAGAGACUGCUCUUCAAACCCUUUGUUACUCCUGUCACAAGGGUCUUGGUAUUGGUUCCCACAAGAGAGUUGGGUGUUCAAGUCUUCCAAGUGUCUAGGCAACUGGCUCAGUUCACAAAAAUCCAAAUUGGGAUCUCCGUUGGUGGACUGGAUCUGAAGCAGCAGGAAGCCUCACUUCGGUCAAAUCCUGAUGUUGUGAUUGCUACCCCAGGUCGUCUUAUUGAUCAUAUUCACAACACUCCCUCCUUUCAUUUGGAAAGCAUUGAAAUCCUCAUUCUUGAUGAAGCAGACAGGAUUCUAGAUGAGUACUUUGCAGAACAACUGAAGGAAAUCAUCAAACAGUGUAGUUAUACAAGGCAAACCAUGCUUUUCUCUGCAACCAUGACAGAGAAUGUAGAGGAUCUUGCCUCAGUUUCAUUGAAAAACCCUGUGAAACUGUUUGUUAACAGCAAUGCAACAGUUGCCCAGAAUCUGCAUCAAGAAUUCAUAAAGAUUCGUAGUCAGCAUGAGAAACAUCGAGAGGCAAUUGUUGCUGCCCUCCUACUUCGAACUUUCCAUGAUCAUGUCAUAGUGUUUGUCUCGACCAAGCGUCAAGCUCAUCGUUUGCACGUUCUCCUUAGUAUAUUAGGGAUUAAAACUGGUGAACUGCAUGGAAAUCUGAGGCAGCCACAGAGAUUAGAAAUGUUGAGGAAAUUCAAGGAAGAAGAAUGUGAUGUUCUGCUAGCAACAGAUGUUGCUGCCAGAGGUUUAGAUAUUGAGGGAGUGCGAACGGUGCUAAACUUUGCAUUACCUGCCACCUAUCAGCACUACAUUCAUCGGGUUGGUCGAACAGCUAGGGCUGGUCGGGCUGGACGAUCUGUCUCCUUGGUGGGGGAAGCUGAGAGAAAACUCCUCAAAUUAAUAGUCAAGAAUGCAAAUGAACCUGUGAAGCAGAGAGUCAUAGCACCAGAGGUGAUCCAAAAGUUUGCAGAGAAGAUUGAAACCCUUGAGCCUAUGUUUAAAAAAAUUGUAGAAGAUGAAGAGGCUGAGAAAGAACUGGCUGCAGCUGAGGGAAUGGCAGAGAAAGCUACAAAGAAGCUGAAGUCUCCUGAAAUGGCACAGCAGCAGAGAGAGUGGUUUCGAGAAAAGGGCUUUGGACCAGCCAGCAAGUCCAAAACUGAUACAAAGGUGAAGAAUCCCAAACAUUUGAAGACAAAGAAGCAGAAGAAGGGGGAGACAAAAGAGGAUAUUGAGUUAAGGAAACUGGCUGAUUACCAGACAAGGAUUGCCAAACGCAAAUGGAAAGAUCAACGUGUUAGAAGUGUUCCUGAAGAUCCUUCUGAACGACAUGGUUUCACCAAGGGACUAGUUGAUACAUCCAGGAAGAAUGUCAAGUUCCUUCGUCACAAGAAGCAUCCAGCCCCAAGAAUGGAAGCCUUCAAAACACAGCUUCUUGGACUUGUAGCUCGCCAUGAGAGUCUUUACACCAUGCUCAGUGAGGUGUCUAAGAGAGAAGCAGAGGAGGCAGAGGUCCCAUGCAAGAAGUUAAAAAUGGAGACUUCCAGUGAAGUUAAUGCUAAAAAUGCUAUGGAUUUGGCUGCCCUUCAAGAUUUCACCACAAUGAAAGAAGCUCUCCAGGCACUCCAUCAGAUGUGCAAGGAUAUGCAUGAGAAAAAAGGCAAUGCUAAUGAAGCAUUCUCCGUGUGCUCUCAGCUGGUAAAGCUACUGAAGGAAAUGUCUAAGAAAGAAGCUGUUGUCACCAUUCAUCUGACAGAGCAUCUUGAGAAAGUCAAUAUACUAAGAAAAGCACCUCUACCAGUAUUAUGGCUGCUGGAUACUCAUGGAGUGGUUUACCUGGAUCAAUAUUUAAACAAGUAUGUGAGUGACAAAGAAGUCAUUCAGGCAUUCAUUUCGGAGAUGGCAAGUCAUGUUCACCACGAGGAUGGGUUCUCUCAGGCCGAAAGUAUAGUGGCACAUGUCUUAGCCUGCCUUCUCAACAAUAGCCAAGGAUCUUCCUCAACUAAAGUUGGAAAGCUGAGCCAGAUCAUCCUGGAUUCUUUCACUCGAAGGCUCUUGGACAGACAAGAUGCAUUACCUGGAAGGGUAUUUGAAAAGCUGAGGCACCACCCUUGUGUGCAAAUGGAACAUUUGAAGUCAUUUUUUAUGCAUGAAGUCAGAUUCAUGGUCACCUACAAGCCCGGAACAAAAGCCUCUGUUGCCAUCAAGGAGCAGGAAGAAUGGAAUAAUCAGAAUGGACAGAACAAGUGCAAUCUCUCCCAGGAAAUCUUCCAACAGAUUCUUCCUGUUUUUCAUUCAUCUGAGGUGGUUGAUUGCCUGGAAAAUGUGUUGGCCUAUCAAGAGGUCAAUUGGUUCACUCUAUUCAGCCUUAUUUCAGCCUAUGUUAAGUGCUUUCAGAAUGAUGGAACUCCUCUCCAAGCAUUGAUUCGGAAGCUACUGGAGGAAGGCUUCUCAUCACUCAAUGAGGAGAGCCUUUUAGCUGCAUUUCUAUUGGCACGGCAAGCAACAUAUUGUACUGUGAGUCACAUUGCCUCCUAUAAAGCAUGGUUUCAUUCUUUGUUUGGAGAAGGACAAGAUUCUCUGACCAAGACAAAGCCAAAGUUCCUCUUUCUGGUGAAAUUUCUCAGCAGUCUAGUUCCUCAUGAAUCCUCCAGACAUCUAAGGGCUCAGGUUGGAAAGAAGCCCUUCAUUCCAAGUGGUUGUUAUGAUCAAUGGCUUUUGUACUCCACACUUGUCAGGACACGUCUUGCAGAACUCAAUGAUUCUUCCCUUGAGAAGGGUAUAUAUGAAGCACAACCUGUCGCCAGUGAUGAUCGUGAGGUACUGGCCCGGAUUCACAUGAAGGGCCGUGAAAAUGGAGAAGGUCGGAGAAAAUUUAUAACUGCCUUGUUUGAAGCAAAGAAGAUCCCUGAUGCCAUGUAUCGAGAGUUCCUGUUGACUGCUAAUGCACCCAUGAUUCCCUCAUCUAGCAUGGCUGUGGGGAUGAAGGGGUUUGACCUUUUGGAAUCCAGUGAUUCUUUGAGUGGAGAGGAUGUUGCCAGUGGAUUCACUCAUAUCUGCAAGGCCCUAUCCUCUAGUGCGGCUUCCAGUGGACCGGAUCAGAGCACUGCAUCCAGCUAUCCACCUCCACAGUCUGAGGUGGUAGCAAGACUGCUGCAGUGUUAUUUUCACUGCUUUGGAAAAUACUCAUCGUCUCUCUCCACUUGGUUUCCAAGCUUCCUAUCCAUAUUUGCUGGAAGUUCACAGCUUCACUCUGCCAUAUAUCACAACUUCCACCAGAAAGCAAUGACAUUCUCCCCAAAGGAUGAUGACAUUGCAACAGCCAUGGCAUACUUCCUAUGGAACAUCCACUUCCAAUAUGACAGCAGGGAAGAGUCAGCUGUUUUGUCAUUCCUUGAUGAAAUGGGAGGGAAAUUUCCUACUGCAACAAAGCAGGAUAUGGAAGUAGUACUCAUGUUUAUGAAGCACCUCCGUGAGACCUUUGAUGAUCUUGGAGUGUCAACUUUUGAGUCUGUAGAUGAUUACCUUCCCCAUAGCCUGCUGAGGAAAGAAAACUUUGUCAAGUUGAGGUUUUUCCAUGAUUCUCACUCAGGAUGUCACUUGAGAGAGCAUCAUGAAAGCUAUGUACCAACAGCUAGCAAAAUAUCAGUUGAGGAUUUAGUGGAAUUGGAGCUCCAGGUCUCCUCCAAAGAAGACUGGUUCGUAAAUCCUUUUGCCAGGCUGUCGUUCUUGGAUGAAUACAUAUCUGUGAUGAAAAGGCAGUCACCAGGCAAAGACUUUCAUGCUGUGAUUUUGGAAUGUCUUCUUCAUGCUCACAUGAAGGGCUUAUCUGGGUGUGAUUCUCUUUUGGUGCUGCUGUUGUGGCUGAAUAGGAUGCUGAAUCCUAAUGAUUCACCUGGACUGUUGAAAAUUUGGGAGAAGGUCUCAAGAAUGUACCAUGGGACAGCAAACAGAGCUUCCCUUGACCAGGCAUUUUUGAGGUUGUACCUUUCACUACCUUCAUGGAUCCUUCUCCAAGCAGACGGUGAUCAAGAUACCCAGGUGCAAGAAUUAUGUGCUGCCAUAAAAGAUUCAUGGGUACAUUGGGAUGCAGUACAUCAGGAUGUCCAAAGGUUUUCUCAAGAAGCGGAUGUUAAGCAUCUAAUAGCAUGUAUGACAUGUGCUCAAAGGUGUGUUGAAACUACUGUUGCCUCUACUUCUGGUGCAGUUGAUCCAUGCAGCAUGGCACUGCUGCUCCUAGAAUCUCAGGAAUCCCCACCUCAUGCAACGCUGAAAGUUACGUCAUUCUUAGUCUUCUUCUCCAUCGGCAAAUUAUGUUCCCAAUCUGGCAUUAUCCAGUGGAUCACAUCUGAUGAACUGGGGCAGCAAAUUCCCCCUCAAGUGGACAAAAUUAUCCAUUUGGUACAAAGUGAUCCAGACUCUUCUCUGUAUUUGGAUGCCGGUGUUGGACACCCUACGUUCAAUGACUCCUUUCCCAGUAGUGCUGCUAAAUUUGCUCCCAUUCUGUCUUGCAUAGUUUGUGUCGAAGCCUGCAGAAUGCAAGUCUCCAACAGACCACUGCUUGCUGCACUGUCAAACUAUAAGACCAUCUGUAGUGCUGUCAUAGGGAAGUGUCACUUGCAGGUGUCAUCUCAUCUCCUGCGAAGGCUUAGCCACGUGAUUUCACUGGCACCAUCCAUCCUCCUUCGGGACAUUCCCGAUUCAUAUGUUAGAAACUUGGAUGAAGAAGUGCAGAAUAUGAUUCGUGUCAAGCUGUCGUGAUCAACGGUGGUAUUUUAUUAUAUGGUAAACAGUCACAACGUAUGAUGUGACUGUAUGGUGGG